AUGGCUGACACGAUGUUUUUGCUGUCCAUGUGUUUCAUGUACAUCCAUACCUAUCUACUGCAAAGUGAUAUGUCGGCGGCAUAUUGGUAUUUGUCACCUGUCAAAUGUACUUUUCAGAUAGUCUCAGUUUUCCUGCCGUUGUUUGCGUCUACUUUGACCAUAAUAGUGUUAUGUAUUGAGAGAUAUGUCGGCAUAUGUUACCCCUUCAAGGCUAAAGAAUGGCACACGAAACGCCGUGCUAAAAAACUGUGCCUAACCGUUUGGAUAAUCGCUCUGCUCGCUAUAUCCCCGAUGAUGGUCAGUUGUCAUAUUGCGUCCGACAGGCUGAUGUUCACAGGAGAGCUGUUUCUAUCGUUAGCAUUUUCUCUAGCAUUCUUAGUAUCAUCAGUCUUGUACAGUCUAAUAGUCCGAGAGCUGAGCCAAAACUGUUAUCAUAAAGCUGAAAAUAGACAAGUUAUUCACGUACUGGUGGCUACAACAGUGGUUUAUUUGGUAUGCACGUUUCCAUUCCAGUUAGCAAGUACUGCGUACCUCGGAUCUAUUCUAGAGCUAUGGUGUUACAAGUAUCCACUAUAUUAUCAUAUCCAUCUGGUCGCUUCAGUCGCACUUAUUGUGAACUCAUCAGUCAACCCUCUCCUCUAUAAAUCACUGAGUUCAACAUACAGGAGAGCGGUAACCGAAGCUUUUGGCUGUAGAAGAAAGACUGGAAGGAAAUGUCAAAGAAACUCGUUGGAGAUGCACACCAGUCGUCGCUUCAUCGAUGCGAGCAGUACAAACUGA